AUGUCAGAUCCAAACGAACCUGGACAGAAAGGCCAUGGCGAGAACGAACGCGAAGUCACCGACCCUAUCACGCACCUUCCUUUGACCAUUCACGAUAUCGACAAUGUCGAGCUCGAGCGAAUCCCGCCGGCGCCUCCUGAUGCAGAGCUGAGGAAUAUUCGCGAACAGCGUGGUGCAGACACGGCGGAAGAGACCAAUCGACACCAUUGGGGCAUGGAAGAUGUUAUCUGGGAAGCACUAGAGGGUAAUUGGUGGGAGGACCCAAUCGGAGACCAGAGGAUGGCGAGGAUACAGACGAGCGUCGUCGCUGCUGCUGCUGCUGCGUCCGGGGGCCUCUGUGGUUUCAUAUUCUGGUCGACACUCGGAAACCUUUUUGGAACGAAGGGCUAUGGCAUGGGCUGGUUGGGCUAUAUCCUAGCCCCAGUUGCAUGCUGUCUGUUUGGUUUCGGUGUUGGCGCUGCCGCGCUUUUAUUCGGUGCAUUUCAACGCCCAUCGUCACCAGAACCGCCACCAAAGGAGGAUCGUCACCAAGAAAGGACGCUGAACAAUGAUGAUUCUAGUCCAGAAUCCGCACAAUGGCUAAACACCCUCCUGAACACCCUCUGGCCCAUCGUCAAUCCUUCCCUGUUUACCGCCGUAGCUGACAUGCUAGAAGACUCCAUGCAAGCUACGCUUCCAAAGAUGGUGCACGGUGUGCGCGUCGCAGAUAUCGGACAAGGGUCUCAAUCCAUCCGCAUCCUCGGUAUCCGCUGGCUUGAUGGUGGUUCAGCUGCACAGAACGUCGACGGAAUGAAGGCAGAAGAAGGCGACUUUAUCAAUAUGGAAGUUGCAUUGGCAUACCGGGCGAAGGAGACGACGGCAAAGGGAAUUCGCAGUCGGUCGGGCAACGCGCAUCUGCUCAUGGAGUUUUUGGUCACGGGAGGAAUCACGAUGCCCGUGUGGGUAGACCUCACUGGUCUACUUACGACGGUUCGCGUUCGCUUUCAGUUAACGCCCAAUCCGCCUUUUUUGUCACUCAUGACUCUGACGUUGCUCGGACUGCCGAAAAUCGCGAUGAAAUGCACCCCUUUGGCGAAGGGUUUCUUGAAUAUUAUGGACGUCCCAGGACUGUCGAGUUGGAUACAGAGCAGUGUCAAUAUGGCCCUGGAGGAGUACGUCGCCCCACGAAGCCAGACCCUGGACUUGAAGACCAUAUUGAUGGGCCGACCGAAGAUAGACACAGAUGCAGUCGGUGUGGUCAUCGUCACGAUUCGACGCGCAGAAGGGCUGAGGAGCGGAGACGGAAGCAAGUUCUUUAAGUCGGCUGAAGGGAAGAAAGGUGAUGUGUAUGUGACAAUUGGAUGGAGCAAGUGGGGGAAGCCUCUAUGGUCAACUCGGAUAAUUUCGUCUGCAAUUCCUAUCUGGGAAGAAACGGCAGCUCUCCUAGUUGGCCCUGCUGAGCUCAAUGCGCAAGAAAAUUUGAAAUUACAGCUGUGGGACUCCGACCGCUUUACUGCUGAUGACCUACUAGGCAACGUCGAAUUACCGCUCCAGUUUCUCAUGACAAGUGAUGACAUGAAGAACAAAAUGACCGCCCGCAGUGACGGCCUUCUCAAUGAGAAGGGCGAAGAGUGGCCUGGUGCCAUUCAUUGGGAGUGUGGAUACUUUUCCAAAACCACGUUCGAGCAACACCUCGAGCACAAACACCAAGACGCUCAAGAGAUUCGAGGAAAGAUCGAGCGAGAAGCAGAGGACAAAUUACGCGAGGCAAAAGCGCGAGAUCAGCAUGCUGAGGAUGGUGAGGUCGAGCGACAGAAGAAGGAAGACUUGAAGGAAAAGAACGAUGAGAUCAUCGCUCGAUCGAAGCCGACGGCGGAGUGGCCGAGUGGGAUAUUGUCGGUGCGGAUAGAGCAGAUCACUGGGUUGGAGGUGGAUAAAGUUAGGGAGAGUGGUGUUAGGGAAGACGCGGAGGGUGACGAAGAGGGUGAUUUGCCCAGCGCGUAUUGUACGAUUAUCAUCAACCACCAGAAGGUGUAUAAGACGAGGACGAAGAUGAAGAGUAGCAACCCUUUCUACGAUGCUGGCACCGAAAAGUUCAUUAGAGACUGGCGUACAACCGACGUCAUCAUCUCCGUCCGCGACAACAGGGUCCACGAACUCAACCCAGUCAUCGGCGUCGUCGUUCUACCCUUACGCGACGUCUUCAAACACAACUCGCAGUUCACCGACUCGCUCCCUCUCGUCGGCGGUAUCGGCUACGGCCGCAUGCGUCUCUCGCUCACAUUCCGCAGUGUGCAGUUGCAACUCCCAAAGCAACUCCUCGGGUGGGACGUUGGAACACUCGAGAUCCUUCCCCAGGUCAAGGCCUCGUCCGACCUGCCGCAGGAAUACUUCUCGGAUAGGCUGGUGCUGCGCACUUUGUACAGGAAGGGCAAGAUGGUGCCGAACCCCGAUGGCGGGGGCGAGUGGAUGGCCAAACAUGAUAAGCCCAUUGGACUCGUCGUCAAGAAACGCUACGCGUCGUGUCUGCUCAUCCAGUUCCGCAAGCACGCCGUCGGGCCCGACCUGACGCCUGCCUUUUGCACUCUCUGGCUGAAGGACAUACCGGACGACGAGGAGGUUACGGUGUCGCUUCCUGUGCGAAAGAACGCCGAUUCUGUGCUCUCACAUUCGCGACAGAACGCAUCAAUGGAUAUAGGAGAGAAAGUGGGUACCCUAGGGCUGAGGGUACGUCUUUGGCCUGGACUGAGCGGGUACCACAAGUAUCUUGCGGACCACGACACGAACAUGGCGGACGUGAUGGAGGUGCUCGACCAUGCAGAGGGCUCGCAGGAUAGGAGCAAUGAGCUGCUCGAGGAUGAGGUGGAGGAAUCUGAUACCUCGUCUUCCACGUCGUCAUCUUCAGAUGAUGAGGAGCGCAAGAUGCCGAAUGGUGGAUCUGCGAAGCAGAGCGGCAUAGCAGCUCAACUGAAUGAUUUCGGAAAAAGGAAGGGCGAGCUGCACCGAAAGCACCGUGGUCUGAUGCAGUGGAAGGCUGCAAGGAAUGUGGCUUGGAUCGGAAGAGGAGUGGAAAAACAAGCAGGCAUUAUCACUGGGAAAGUGAAGAGCUCCUUCCAGCAUCAUGAUAAAGAAGCGGCGAUUGAGAAAGAGGCGUAG